GGCUCUCUCUCUCUCGCGUGCGCCCCUUCCUCCCUCUCCAGAUGCAGCGGACGGAGAAGGUGCUCCAGCUGCGGGGCCUACUGGGCCGCUCCGUGAGGGUGGUGCGCGAGCAUUACCUGAGGCCCGACGUGCCUUGCGGCAGCGCCCUCUGCCGAGCGGGCUGUCCCCGCGGUGAGAAAUUAUUGUCCGACGAUCUGACCCACUAUGUUGUUCCUGACUGGAAGGUGGUCCAAGAUUAUCUGGAGAUACUGGAGUUCCUGGAACUCAGGGGGAUUGUUUUCAUGCAAACAGCAUGUCAAGCAAUGCAGCAUCAGAGAGGGCGCAGACAAUACAAUAAACUGCGAAAUUUGGUGAGGGAUGCCCGCCAUGAUUGCAUUAUGUUUUUUAACGAAUUCCAGCUGCUUUCUUACUUGCCAAGAGAGAGAGGAGAAUCUUUGGAGAAGUGGCAGACAAGGAGUAUUUACAAUGCAUCCGUUUGGUACUAUAAUCACUUCGCGGGUCAGAUGCCCAUCGUCAUGGUAACAGAUGAUGAAGAUUCCAUCCAGCAACUUGGAAGUGAAACGGAAGGUGUUUUUGUGAUUUCAUUCAAGAAUUAUCUGGACAACUUUUGGCCUGACUUAAAAGCUGCUCACGAGCUUUUUGAGUCUAUAGUCCACUCACGGCGUGAACGGGAGAAUGAAAGUCAAGAGAAUCACGGAAAGGAGUACCCUGAACAUGUCCCUGUGGAAAUGCUGGAAGCAGGGAUCAAAUCAGGGAGAUACAUACAGGGGGUCCUGAAUGUGAAUAAGCACAGAGCGCAGGUUGAAGCAUUUGUGAGACUUCAAGGAGCCAGCAACAAAGAAAAAGAUCUCAAAAAUGAUGUCCUCAUUUAUGGCACCAAAGCUCGGAACAGAGCAAUUCAUGGUGAUGUGGUAGCGGUUGAAUUGCUCCCCAAGAGCGAGUGGAAGGGACGGACUGCUGCCCUUUGUGAGAACGAGACCGAAGAUAAGACUUCUGGGGAGGUUUACGGUGAACCUAUGCCCACGGGUAAAGUUGUUGGCAUCAUACAGAAGAACUGGCGUGAUUAUGUGGUCACUUUUCCAUCCAAAGAAGAGAGCCAGUCACAUGGCAAAAAUGCACAGAAAGUCCUUGUGACACCUUGGGAUUACAGAAUCCCCAAGAUCAGAAUUAGCACGCAGCAAGCUGAGGCUCUACAGGACUUCCGGGUUAUCGUGCGUAUCGAUUCUUGGGAGUCGACAUCGGUGUAUCCAAAUGGGCAUUUUGUGCGUGUUUUAGGGCGGAUAGGAGAUCUUGAGGGAGAAAUUCAGACUAUUCUGGUGGAAAACAGCAUCUCUGUGAGCCCUUUCUCCGAAGCGCAGAUGUGUGAGAUGCCAGUUGUUAUCCCAGAGAAGCCGUGGAAAGUGUCUCCAGAAGAAGAGCUCAGGCGUGUUGAUCUGAGGGAUACCCACUUAGUCUUCAGCAUUGAUCCAAAAGGCUGUGAAGAUGUGGACGACGCCCUGUCCAUUAGAACCCUGCCUAAUGGAAACCUGGAGCUAGGGGUUCACAUUGCAGACGUGACUCACUUUGUGGCUGCAAAUUCUUACACAGAUAUUGAGGCAAGAGCAAGGGCUACUACUUACUACUUAGCAGAUCGUCGUUACGACAUGCUGCCUGCCGUCUUGAGUGCCAACUUAUGUUCUCUUCUUGGGAAUGUUGACAGGUAUGCUGUGAGUGUCAUUUGGGAACUUGAAAACACUUCCUAUGAAAUAAAGGAGGUUUGGUACCACAGAACCAUCAUUCGCUCUUCCUACAAACUGUGUUAUGAGGCAGCCCAGGCAUUGCUGGAUGGAGACUUGACAGGGGCCGAUGAAAUUCUGGAGCUCAAAGAUAUGGGCGAAGAUACAAGGAAACAGAAGUUAGACGAGCUGACCUGGGCCAUAGGGAAGCUGACCGAUGUAGCCCGGCAUAUUCGAGCUAAGAGGGACAGCUGCGGAGCGCUGGAAUUGGAAGGGAUCGAGGUCAGAGUGCUGCUGGAUGACAAAAAGAACAUUGAUGACCUCAUCCCUCGGCAGCCGCUGGAAGUCCACGAAACGAUUGCCGAAUGUAUGAUUCUCGCAAACCAUUGGGUGGCCAAGAAGAUAUGGGAGACUUUCCCUCACCAAGCCCUCCUGCGCCAACACCCACCCCCACGGCAGGAGUUUUUUUCAGAGCUCCGAGAAUGUGCUGGCACAAAAGGCUUCGUCAUAGAUACACGGUCGAACAAAGCAUUAGCUGACUCCCUGGAUAAGGCAGUUGACCCAUCCGAUCCCCUGGUGAAUAGGCUGCUGAGAUCUAUGGCCACACAGGCAAUGUCUAAUGCCUUGUAUUUUUCAACUGGCUCUUGCUCCAAAGAAGAGUUCUUUCACUAUGGUCUUGCUCUGGAUAAAUACACCCACUUCACUUCACCAAUUAGAAGAUAUGCUGAUAUAAUAGCCCACCGGCUGCUGUUGGUGGCCACUUCGAAAGGAGAUAAAUCAGGCACCAAAGAGAACUUGCUUAGCAACAAAGAACUUGAAGAGCUAUGUAGACACAUCAACAACAGAAACAGGGCCGCCCAGCAUGCUCAGAAGCAGUCCACUGAACUUUUCCAGUGUAUGUACUUCAGAGAUAAGAGUCUUGACGGAGAUGAGCAGUGCACAGCAGACGGGAUUAUCUAUUCAAUCCGAACGAAUGGUGUGCUUGUGUUUGUGCCAAGGUAUGGAAUUAAAGGGGCAGCCUAUCUGAAAAAUAAGGAAGGGUUGGUCCUCUCUUGUCAAGCCGAUGGGAGCUGCAAAUGGAAACCUGGUUGUCUCCAGCGCUUUCCUAGCAAAAUUAUCUCUGCUCCCACAGCUGAGGAUUCUGUUACUCUGAACCUGUUUGACCAUGUGGCGGUAAAAAUUUCCGUACAGAGUUCUCGUUGCCAUACCGAUCGCAUUCAGUUACAUAUAACAAGCUGCAAGCCUUAUAAGACACCAGAGUUAGAACUGUCUCAAAGUCCCCACAUAUCUAGAACAGACUUGGUACGGGAAGUAACGAAGACUGUGGAGGAGGCCCAGCUUGCUCAUGACAAGGCCAAAACAAAGAUGAUAGAGGAAGAAUAUGAGGAGUAUCGCCAGACGCAGGGUGUGAGCCUGUAUCACUUGUUGGAGGAAAUCAAGGAUUUGGCCUUAUUGGAUGUAUCUGCAGAUAGUGGAGCAUGAAAGCUCUCGUACAAAUGUUGUUCCUUUGGCCUGUCCUAAAAAAAAUUCUAAUAUUUCUAAAUGUGUUACAUUAUUUCAGUUGGCUCGGCUUUUGGUAAAACAUGGUAUAAUAUGGGCAGCUAUACAUUAAAACACACUUGUAGCCAUGGAUGGCAAUGAAAUAGUCCUUUGCCUUCUGUGAAUUGAGUACAUAAAAUGGCAAAUAUUUCAAAGUACCUCAGGGAAUAAAUAAUAAUUUGAUAUGACAA